AUCCUGUGUAUGCCUUAUUUCGUUUUUGAUUUUACUGCUGCUUUGGCCAUUAAACAUGGACUAAAUGAUAAUAAACUUAGAGUCAUAAAGUUUAAGGUAUAUACGAGUAUUAUUUAGAAAAUAGAAAUCAAUAUUUAUAUGGUCUUGUCUGAAAGUGAAUAAUGGAGACCAUUUUAGAACAGCAAAGAAGUUACCAUGAGGAAAGAGAGAGAACCAUGGACGCUAUGGUCAAAGAAAUAUUGCAUAAAAAGACUGGUCAUCGAGAAACAAUCAAUGGUGAUCAUCGUUUGAAAAAUCUUCAUGAAAGAUAUAUAGAAUCUACAAUCAGGCUUAAAGAAUUGUAUGAAGAUAAAGACGGCUUGCGCAAAGAAGAGAUUGCAGCAUUAUCAGGACCAAAUGAAUUCCAAGAGUUUUAUGCUAGACUUAAACAGAUCAAGGAAUUUCACAGAAAACAUCCUAAUGAGAUAUGUGUUCCAAUGUCAGUGGAGUUUGAAGAAUUGGCAAAACUUCGAGAAAACCCUGCCGAAGAUUUCACUACCCCUGUCGAAUUCACAGAUGAAGAAGGCUAUGGAAAAUAUCUUGACUUACAUGAAUGUUAUGAAAAGUAUAUCAACUUGAAAGGCAUUGAGAAAGUGGACUAUAUCACGUAUUUGAGUAUUUUUGAUCACCUCUUUGAUAUACCUCGUGAGCGUAAAAACAGUGAAUAUAGAAAGUACAUCAGAGCUUUACUUACAUAUUUGAAGGAUUUUGUGAGCAGAGUGAAACCGCUGUUGGACCAAGUCCAAGAGAUGGCACUAGCGCAUCAAGAAUUCCUAAAACAAUGGGAAGCUGGCUCUUUCCCAGGGUGGCCGAAAGAAACUGGGGGCGCUUUAACAAAUGUGGGUGCCCAUUUGGAUCUUUCGGCAUUCUCUUCUUGGGAGGAGCUGGCUUCACUUGGCUUAGAUAGAUUGAAGUCAGCCUUAAUGGCUCUUGGUCUUAAAUGUGGAGGAACCUUAGAAGAAAGGGCGCAAAGACUAUUCAGUACUAAGGGGCAAACCGCUCUUGACAAAUCGUUGGUUGCCAAAAAAGGCAACAAAGCGAAGGCUUCUACUCAGCAAAGGCAUAAAGACAUAGCCGCUAUUGAAGCUCAAGUUUACAGAUUCGCGGGCGCGGUAAGUAGUACUAGGGCGUCUACAAUUGAGAACGUGACCCGUCGGGCGGCGCGCGCGGCCGGCGAACGCCGCGACGACAGCGGCGACGAGAGCGACGCCUCGGCCGCGCCAGAUAUCGACUCCGAUGACGACGAAGUGCCAUACAAUCCGAAGAACUUGCCGCUGGGCUGGGACGGAAAGCCAAUCCCAUACUGGCUGUAUAAACUCCAUGGUCUCAAUAUCAGUUACACGUGUGAGAUCUGCGGUAACUACACCUAUAAGGGACCGAAAGCAUUCCAACGUCACUUCGCGGAGUGGCGUCACGCUCACGGCAUGCGAUGUCUGGGUAUACCGAAUACGGCUCAUUUUGCCAAUGUCACUCAAAUAGAGGACGCUCUUGCACUGUGGGAGAAAAUCAAGCAUCAGAAAGAGAAUGAAAGAUUUGUUGCCGAAAAUGACGAAGAAUUUGAAGAUUCGCAGGGCAAUGUUGUCAACCGUAAGACCUAUGAAGAUUUGAAACGUCAAGGACUACUUUAGAAUAUCAAUAGAUUUAUUGCUUGGUUUUCUGUAUUGAUAAUAAACUUUAAAUCCCU